GUACUCAUUGGGGACAUGGGAACUGGAAAAACAAGUUUGGUAUUGAGAUUUGUGAAAGGCCAAUUUUUCGAUUUCCAGGAAUCGACUAUCGGAGCAGCGUUCUUCACACAGGUGGUGUCGGUGAGUGAUGGAACCAUAAAGUUUGAUAUUUGGGACACAGCAGGACAAGAAAGAUACCACAGCUUGGCUCCCAUGUAUUAUCGUGGUGCUGCUGCAGCUGUUGUUGUCUAUGAUAUCACAGCCAAGGACUCAUUUGACCGAGCUAAGAAAUGGGUUCUAGAGUUGCAAAGACAAGGAAAUCCAAAUUUGAUAAUGUUUUUGGUGGGUAACAAGGUUGACUUGGAAGACAAGAGAGAAGUUUCUUCUGAGGAUGGCGAGGAAUAUGCAAAAGAAAAUGGGUUGACUUUUCUUGAAACAUCGGCAAAGUCUGCUCACAAUGUCAACGAACUCUUCUAUGAAAUAGCAAAGAGAGUGGUAAAAGCUAUGCCUUCUCGGCCCUCGGGAAUGAAAUUGCAUCCAUCACGGGAACAAAGAGGAGGAUUUUGUUGCUCCUGAUGUGAUCUUCCGAAUUUAUUAUCAUCCUUUUUCCACCUUCAACCCACGAAAAUACUUACGAACAUUAUUUAAUUACUUAAAAUUCAGAGGAAUC